AUGCCUGGGGUGCCAUCUAACAAGGCUUGCGAGCGUUGCAAAAAGAGGCAUCUCAAAUGUGAUGAGACUCGCCCUCAUUGUCGGCGGUGCACCACCGCCGGGGUAGAAUGCCCGGGAUAUGUUCAAACCCGCAAAUUCAUCGAUCAAGGAGCCACAGUAAGGCGCCGUUAUGCUCCAUAUCAGGAGCCUCAUUCAAAGCCAGGCUCUGCAUUCAAUUCAAGUAAAGACCCCACAGAGCUGGUUUCAGACGCAACGCAGCCAAAAGGCUCGCAAGUAGGACCUAACGAGCAGGUGUUGCAAUGCAACCAACGUCAAGAGCAAAUUAAUCCUGCUAUUCCCUUCCAGAUGGGGGAGACGAGGUUAGGCUCAAGAGAUGACCCGAUGAUAGUAGAGAUGUCUGACCCUUCUAGUCGGUCAGAGGUUGCUACGGGGAGUACACAGCAAACAAAUGUGCAUGCCCCAGAAAGCCCAGCUAUCUCUAUUCCCAAUUCCCUCUCUGGCUUCGAGGAAGGCAGCGUAUCUACAAGAAACGCGAUCUAUAAGUCAAUUUCACCAACUGCGGCCACCAGCGGUUUCCCAACAUUUGAUAACACAUACAACACAAUUCCACAUAAGCGCCCCGAUUACCAAAGAGUCAUCUCCGAGAGCUCAUCGCAUCGAAGUGAAAGAGAUGAAUUCCAAGAUAUCUUCUCGGAACUCAUGACUGGAUCUGAACACGAGAUCGCGUUCCUCACUCGACAUUACUCGGAGGUCAUAGGUCCAUGGUUGGAUUUGUCGGAUACUCAGAAAUUCUUCACCGUCCAUGCUCCUAUUCGAGCGAUCAACAAUCUUUCCGUGAAGUACGCCAUUGCAGCGCUAGCAGCAAAACACCUAGCUCGUUUGAAAGGGGUCAAGGCUUCCAUUGGUGGGAUGUUCACGAGCCCUGCGACUACCGAAACCUACCCAAAUGCGACUCAAGUUGACUGGUUCCUCAAGGCUGCCAAUUACUAUUACCUGGCAGCUUCGGAUUUAAAUAACAUAACGUCCGAUGGCUAUACCACUGUGUCCAGCUCGGCUAUUUUGGAAUCCCCGUUUGAGAUACUUUGUCGAUGGAUCAACUCUGGUCAGACUCAAGCGAACAUGAAACCUGCGAGUGAAGAUCCGAACGACGUGGCAGUCAUUCGAAAGACAGAGGAUCUGUUGGCGACUGCUACGCUUCUUACCAUGUACAGGCUUUUAGACAUGCCUGGGGACGAGUGGCACAUGCAACUUUCUCGCAUUCGCCCUUUGUUUGAUUCUCUUCUCAGUUUACACGUGGCAGCAUCAGCCCUGUUCUCCCAUGGCAUUCAGGCUGCCUUUUGGAAUUUCGCUCGCCAAGACUAUCUCGGUUCUUACUUCACCCGCUCACCUACACACUUCGAUCCAGAGAAUCUGCCCCUCUGGCGGGCAGCAGGAAUUUCAAUCAAUGGUCAGAAAGACUUCCAUCUUAUCCGGAAUGGGUCAACUCUAUCGCAGGAAGACCAAGCUGCUAAUGGCUUGAUCUGGCUUGUUGCCAAAGUCAUCAACUUCCUCAGCAGGUCUAAACAGUUACAGCUCGCGCAGUGGACCGGAUCACCGGCAGCUUCACCCGAAAUCCAGGGCACAACAAACGCCGCUCAACUGCCUUAUCCGGACACAGAUACCUGGCUCAAACUAUGCUUCGAAUUCCAAACGUGGUUUGAAAAUCUGCCCGAAACGUUCCGCUCUUCAGUGCGGAUCGAACGCCCCAAGGAUCUAUCAAAGGCUGCUGAAGGGAGUUACUUGCCAUUCCCUGAAAUCUUCCAUAGCUUGACAACCUGUGCUGCUGCCAUGCAACAUUACCAUUUCGGGCGCAUCGCAUUAUUGCUGAAUCGUCCGGCAGAUGUGAUCAGUGCACCGUCUACGGCCUUUGACCGCUUACAAGGGUACCGGGAGGUCACGAAAGAGGUCGAGUUCCGUUCCCGUGAACUCAGCGGCAUUGCAUUGGGUCGCCCCCAGGGUGCAGUUCGCAUAUAUAUGGUCCCGCUUCUUGUCGCUGUCGGACAGUGUCUUGAAAAUCCAGAGGAGCAUCAGAUUAUUGUUGAUCUGCUACGGGGCGUCGAAGCUGAUUUGGGUUGGACUACUGAAUAUGCCAUUCGGAAACUCCAGGAUUCUUGGAAUCAAUGA